GUCUCCUCGCGGUUUUAGGUGCAACUGCUGGAAUUGUUGUGUUCGGAGAGAUAGUUCCUCAAUCAAUUUGUUCGCGCCACGGGCUUGCCGUUGGCGCUACAACCGUGUGGAUCACCAAGUUUUUCAUGGUAUUCACGUUUCCUAUUUCAUAUCCUAUUAGCAAAUUAUUGGAUUUUUUACUUGGACAAGAGAUAGGAAAUAUUUAUAAUAGAGAGCGCUUGCUUGAGUUAUUGCGGGUGACGGAUGAAUUCAACGACUUGCAGAAGGACGAGGUUGAUAUUAUAUCUGGUGCAUUGAAGUUGAAGGGAAAGAGUGUACAUAACAUUAUGACACCACUGGAAGACUGCUACAUGUUGGAAGAUGAAGCAGUCCUAGACUUCAGCACGGUUACGGAGAUCAUGAACAAAGGUUUUACGCGGAUACCAGUUUUCUCCGGCACGCGUGAAAAUAUUUGUGGUAUUCUGUUUGUAAAGGACUUGGCAUUUGUUGAUCCUGAUGAUUGUACACCAUUAAAAACAGUUUUGAAAUUUUACAAACAUCCAAUCAAUUUUGUGUUUGAUGAUACAACAUUAGAUGUGAUGUUUACAGAAUUUAAGAGAGGCGAGUCUCACAUGGCUAUUGUAAAUCGUGUCAACAACGAGGGCGAUGGUGAUCCAUUCUACGAAGUUCUUGGACUCGUCACAUUAGAAGAUGUUAUUGAAGAGAUAAUUCAGUCGGAAAUUGUUGAUGAAACCGAUAUUUACAGUGAGUUUAUUUCAGUUCUAUUGUACCUCACAGCCAUAAUCAACCAGCCACAA